AACAAAACAGCCGCGCCGCUGCUGCUGCUAAAAUCGUUAAAACUCGGUCAAGCAGAUCAAAAAUAAAUUGCACAUUCUAAAGUAAAUUGUCGGGCUUGUGCGGUGAAGUAAAUGCAUUAAAAAGCGGCGACCUCGAACAUUGCGAGAAGCGUUACCUAAAAAUUCCGGCCACAGCAGCUCGUAUUGAAUUUUACCCCAGUGCGUAGACCGGUGCAACGCAGCGAGAUGGAGCGGAAUCCAGUCACGGCAACCGGAGGUGGAGGAGGCGGAGCAGGAGGAAGUGAACCCAGCGAUCAGGAGGAGAAAAAGUCACCUAGUGCCGCCGAUUAUAUGCUUAACUUCAAGAACAUCAUUGCAGCGGGUAAUGAGGCCUCCAUGACCAGAGAGUUUAAUCCCCAGGUGGCCUAUGAGUUCGAGAAGUAUCUCAAUCCCUUGAAGCUCAAGCAGCACGUGCUGAAGAGUGAGAAACUGCGAUCCAUUCUGGAGCAUUAUGCUAAGGAAUCGGGUCAGCCGGUUAAGCAGUUGGAGCGCCAGGCCAAGGAGAUCAUUGAGGAGAUCGGCCUGGAUCGUAACAUGGCCAUUAUUCGGUGGUGCGGUAUCGCCAUCACAGCCAUUGGCAAGAGGAUCUGUGAUGGAUUCUACGUGAAUUCCGCCAGCAUGCUAAAUGUGCGCAAGGAUAUGGGCAAGUGUCCGGUGCUCUAUCUUCCCAGCCAUCGCAGCUAUAUGGACUUUAUCCUAAUGUCGUACAUCUGUUAUUACUAUGACAUCGAGAUACCUGGAAUAGCCGCCGGAAUGGAUUUCCAUUCUAUGUUUGGUAUGGGCACCAUGCUUAGGAAAACUGGAGCCUUCUUUAUGCGUCGCAGUUUCUCCAACGAUGAGCUUUAUUGGGAUAUUUUCCGGGAGUACAUGUACGCUCUGGUGGCCAAUUAUCACAUCGGCGUGGAGUUCUUCAUCGAGGGCACUCGUUCACGGAAUUUUAAAGCUCUCGUGCCAAAGAUUGGCCUUCUGUCGAUGGCAUUAUUACCUUACUUCACCGGUGAAGUUCCGGAUGUGAUGAUUGUGCCAGUUAGUGUCGCCUACGAGCGGGUCCUGGAGGAGCAACUAUUCGUCUAUGAGCUUCUUGGAGUGCCGAAACCCAAGGAGUCCACAAAAGGUUUCUUUAAGGCUUUAAAAAUCAUAGAUGAGCGGUUUGGAAAGAUGUUCUUGGACUUUGGAGAGCCAAUUUCCGUAAAGGAAUUCUUUGGACACGACAGUGCCCAGCGGAUGCAGCGCGCCGGUGUAGGAGGACAGCUACAAAAGUUAAACCGACAGGAGGUGGAUCUGGUAAAGCAGCUGGCCAAUGAGAUUAUCUAUCAGCAACAGCGACGCAUUGUGAUCACUACUUUUAAUCUGCUGAGCCUGUACUACGCCAGUCAAUUGUAUGCCCAAAAGAGUGUCACCAUUGAUGAGCUAUCCCGGGGUGUUCUACAUCUGAAGCGCAUCUUCGAGCAACUGGGAGCACAUGUCAGCACCAAGCCAGGCAGCAUUAAGGCCGAUAUUAUUGAUGCUGUGGAGAUACACUCAAAUAUCCUGCAUUUUGUCAACGCUCGAUUGCAGUUCACACCGAUGGCAGCCAAGCAAUUGGCGGAUAAGAUCGAUGUGAAGCGACUGAAAGCUCAUGCGCUCUGUCCACAAACCAUGGCGGUGGCAGUUCCCAUGCUGGCUCUACAGCUCUAUGUGAAUCCCUGCAUGUUCUGGCUGGCUAGACCGGCCUAUCUCUUGCUGGCGGCUCUCAAGGAGCAAAGGAGUCAACAGAAGUGCCUGGAUUCUUCAAGCAUCUCAUACGAUUCUACUUUGAGUGCUCUUCAUGCGCAUGUAACCAACAUGGAUGAAUUGUUUCAGCAUGAGUUCAUCAUUGAAUCGAACCGCGAGGCUGCAGAGUUCGAGACGCAUCUAAAACUGCUCCUCGACGAGCGGGUUGUGGACGUGGCGAAGAAUGGAAGGAUCAGGGUACAGGAUAACGAGUGCGCGCAUGUUAUAUUGGCCGCCCUCGCCCCAUUCCUGUGUCUCUACUACCAGUUGGUGGUCGCCUUAAGAAAAAUUCCUUUGGAUAUUGAAUUUAGCAACAAAGAUCUCCUCGUUCGCGUCCAGAAGCAUGUGGAACAGCUGCUACAGCAGCCCGGCGGAACUGCCUUCCACGUUCAUCCGUAUUGCUUGGCGCUGGAUAACCUAAAUAUUGCCAUCUACGCUCUGAUACAAAGGGGCUAUUUGCUCAAGAGCCGAGACUCUGGGCAGUUGAAGAUCCCCGGAACGCCUGGGAAGUGCCUUGAGGAGCUGGAGAGACAGCUGCUCGAGUAUUGUCAAUUAAUGCCAUUCGCCCAAUACUCAACGGCGGCCAACCAGCAGGCCCAGUUUCACAUAGCCAAAUUAUAACUGGCAAAUGGUAAGAGGCCGACGGGGGAGGAGGCAGCAAGGGGAACGGAAACUGAUCGCAGUCUGGACCCCGACCUGAAUCCCAAGCAGUGUAGUACAAUUUUGUUUUCAUUGUCCAUACAAUUCAUUCAGUUUGUUGUCGGCCUGCUCAAGAAUUGUCGCAUCAUCUGCAUUCUGUUCUUCAUUGUGGUUGUGGCUCCGCUCAAGCAGCUUCUCCGCUGGCUCAUUGAAUCCUCCCAUUCCUUCACAUAGGUUUAAGUUUGGGGUGUUUGGUAUAAUCGAUUUAAAUGGCAAACUACAAAUUCAGAAUAAAAAGGCGCUGGGUAGUUAAUGAGCAAUAUUAAGUAAUAUUUGCCUGGGAGAGAGUAAAGUUUAUGAAUAAUUUAAUUAAUUAAUUGAUAUCCUAAAAGAAACAUACAUUCCCAAAUUAAAUUCUCUGAUCAAAAUAUAUGAAUUUAAUAAUUUACAAGCACGUUUUUUACGCCUUUUGAAAAUUGCUUAAUAUUGCUCAGAGAUAAAUAAUGGCCUAAAGAUUAUAUGCCAAGGAAAAUCGUGCCAUCAUCCUAUAUAGUGUGUUUGUACGAGAGAAAGCUAGAGUUUAUCUUUAAGCCUCAGAAACUGAUAUUUUAUGUUCGUUACGCCAUGGAAAACAAACAAAUGAAAUUCACAAAAAAAGCCAAAAGAAAUAAGCACUUUCAUAAAUCGAAUUUUGAUCAACAAAUUUUUGUAUAGAGAAAAAUGGUAGAUCCCAUCGAAAUAUAUAUAUUCUAUAUAUUUUUAGCCAAGGAAAUGUUACCCAUCUAAAGUGACAAAAAAUAUAACAAUUUAAAAGA